UUGAAAAAAAAGAUGGCGUCUUUUUCAUAACGUUCAUUGAUGUUGUUCACUUUCUCUCCUUUCGAAAUGUGUGUGAAUGAAACAAAGAGUGACAAAGAAUAAUCGUUUAUUCAAUGUAAAAUUCAAAGGCAAAAAAAAAAUUGUGCAACGUUUAUUUUUGAAUAAGUGAUGAUUCGAAAAAUGAUUGCAAUUUAAAAAAUUGUCGAUAUAUGUGAAAUUAAUGAAAAAGAAUCAAUUAUCAAGCGAUUUAUAAAGAAGAAAAAAAAACAAAAUCAAAUCAGAAAUAAAUUUACAAACGAGCAAAUUACGAUAACACUAUUAUGGAGACUGAAAAAAAAUUGGAUACUUCCUUAUCAAUGGAAAAUUCCGAUUCUGAAAUUAAAUCUAAAGACGAAAAAAUAACCGAUAAUACGGAAAAUAAAAAUAAUACCACGGAGAUAAUUGAAAAUAAAGAAACACCACAAAAGAAUGAUGAGAAAAUAAUUGAAAAUAAAAUUAUAGAAGAUGUGAAUAUUCAGAAAAUUGAUGUUAACGAGCCGUCUAAUGAAAAUUCAAAAUUAAAUGAAGAAAAUGAAAAAAUGGAAAUCGACGAACACGAAUUGAAUGAUUCAAAAUCAAGUGAAAAAUUAUUGAUUAAUGAAUCAAUAGUAAAGGAAACGGAAAAAUCAUUAGAGAAUGAAGAUAAAGAAACGACAACUAUAAAUGAAAAUCAAGAGAAAAAUUGUGAAGAAAAUAAAAAUACACCAGAGGAACAUGAUAUUUCAAUUAAAAAAAUCAUUAAAACCCCCGAGAAAUCAUCGAUUGUAAAAAUAGUAGAAAAUACAAAAAAUGAAACACCAAUGACAAAAUCAAAUGAAUCUGAUAAGCAAUUAGAAAAUAAAUCUAAUUCAGAAAAUAAUAAAACACCAAUUGUAAAGUCAAAAAAAACUGAUAAUAAAACAACAGAAAAAUUGAAAACUCAAACACCAAUAAUUGUCAAAUCAAAAGAAAAUAAAUCAAAUUCCGAUAAUUCUAAAACAAUAACACCAAAGUCAAAGCCAAAAAUAAUGGAAAAUAAAAGAAAAUCAUCAAUAUCCGAAAUAAAUAAUGAUAAAUUAUUAAAUACUGAUAAAUCAAUUGUUGAAAAUGUAACAAAAAAACGUAAAAUCCAAGAAACUGAUAAUAAAGAAACAUCAAAAAAAUUGGCUAAUUUAAAAAAAACUAACGAUGAUGAUUCCGAUUCAUCAAAUGUAAAAAAUGUUGAUUUCACCGAUGAAGAUGUUAUGAAUAAUUUGGAUGAUAUCGAGGAUAUUAUUUGUAAUUCAUCGUCAUUUAAUGUUAAAGAAGAUACAAAAAGUCAUAAAGAAAAAGCCAGUGAGAAAAAAGAUGAUUUACAAUUAGUGAAAAGCAAAAAUGAUUGGUAUGAACCAAAGUUACAAGAAAAGCAUGAGCUCGUUAAAGAACGUUUGGCAAAAUUGGCACGAGUUUUAGAAUAUUCUUAUCCAUCGUAUAAAAAAUGGUUGAAUGCUGUUCAAACAAAUAUUGGAACUCCAGUGUGUCGAUUAAAACCACCGAGACGUUGCUCAUUGAAACAUCCACACACAAAUAGAUGGAAAUUUACAUGCAACAAAAUACGCGAAGAGCUGCCAAUGGAGGACGAGAAUAUGCGGCGAGGACGAUUAAUCUGGACUUUGGAGCUGGCUGGAGCCCAGGAAACAGAUUUCAAUAAUCCCAUCGAAUAUCCACCUUUUGUAAUGCGUGCUGUCAAGGUAUUUGAAAAUUUUCUAACAACAACAUCAAUUGAAUGCGAAGAAGGAUUAACAUUCUGUAGAGAAGAAGUGCCAAAAAGUGUGAAAAAUAUUGCAGAAAUUACUUCUAUCGAUGAUAAAUCGGCUCCAAAAUUAAAAUUAGAAUGGCUUUGGCUUUUGGUGCGUUGUAAUCGUAAAAAUGAGCUCAUGUUUUUUGUGACAGCAAAAAAUCUCAAUGCCGAAGUGAUGGAUCGUUUGAAAAAUCUUUUUGAAACCGGCGCUGGAAAGAAUUGUAAUGUCAAAUCACUUUAUUGCAAAAGCAUUAUGAGAGCCGAUAAUGAAAAUCAUUCAAAUACAACAUUUGUAAUGGGAGUUGAAGCACUCGAAGAAGUUGUUAAUGGAGUGAAACUUCAAUUGGGACCGAAAACAAAUUUUUGGUCAAAUGCAGCCGGAGCCGAGAGUCUCGGCAAUGCAAUUUGCGAUCAUCUUUCACCAACACCAAAAACAACUGUCGUUGAAAUUGGUUGUGGAAUUGGUUUAAUGGGCCUUAUGAUGAGCACUAAAUGUCAAAAAAUAAUUGGAUUGGAUGAACAGGCUGAAGUCGAGGAAGCGGAAUUAAUUUGUCAAUUAAAUAACAUAAAAAAUGCAACUUUUGUAAUUGGACAACCAAAGGAGGUAAUGGCAACAAUUGCAAAUGUUUUAUCAAAUUCCAAAGCCUCUGCUAUUGUCAAUAAUAAUUCUUCAAUUGGACGAGGAGUUGAUAUUAUGACAAGUAUUCGAAGAAUUUCUUGUUUACGACGAUUAGUUUUAGUGACAACAUUAACAAAACAAUCGGUUCGUUCAAUUUUAGAAUUAACAAGACCGGCACAAGGUAAUUUGGGUAAUCCAUUUAUUCCAAUAAGAGCAUGCGUUGUCGAUACAUUGCCAGCUGGUCCACAUUUUGAAACAGUCAUUCUUAUGGAACGUCGUGUUAUGGAAAAAAUUAUUCCCUCACUUGAUUUACGUCCAAAAACAAUUGGACAACAAACAAAAAAAAUUGCUAAUGAAAAAGUUUAUCCACAAAAAUUCGAAACAAUUAAACAAAAUGUUCAAUUGAGACGAAAUUUUACAAAUAAAAAUGAAAUAACAAACACAGCAAAACGAAGUCAUUCACCUGAAAUAAUAAAAGAAAUUACCACGAAACAAAAUAAAAGACCAAUAAUAUUUAAACAAGAUGGACAAAAGAAAAAAUGGGAUGAUUCAAUGAAUAAAACAAAAUUAACAGUAAAAAAUGAAUCAAUUAAAAAAUGGGAUGAUAAACAUUUAAAGAAACAAAAAGACGAAAAUCCAAUAUUAAAAGUAAAUGAAAAAAAAUUACGUGAACCACAAGAUCUUCGUGAGAGAUUAUCGGCAAAUCGUGGUGAAACAUCAGUAUUUGCACAAAAAGUAAAAGAAGGUGUUCGUCUAAUAAGUAAAGCAAAAGAAAAAAUUAAUACACCAUCAGUGCCACUUAAUGAAGAUACAGCGAAACAACUUGAAAAUAUGCUUGACAUGGUACUUAAGCAAACAACAAAAAUUCAUUCAGUAUGGGAUCGUAUUGCACCAGCGCCAAAUAAUGAUAAAUCAGUUUCACCUGAGAAUAAAUUUGAUAAAAAUAUUAAAUUAGAAACAAAAAAAUAUAACAAUGUACCACCAUUGGAGCCCGAUAAUGUAUUGCCAAUUGAUUUUGCAUCGACAAGUGCAACAACAAGUAAAUUUAAUAAGAAAAAAUAUCGUGGCCAAUAUCGUCAGCAUUUAUUGGAGAAAAUGAAUAAAAUGAAAGCCGAAUUGGCAGCACAAAAGAGACAAUCAUUAAAUGAUAAUUUUGAAUCACGACGUUCAAUAUCGCCUAUUAAUUCAAGAUCAAAUUCACCAAGAAGACGUGAUUAUCGUCAUUCACCAGCUAAACAUUCUCUAAGAUCUAAAUUAUCACCUGGUAAACGUUCACCAUUAAGAAUAUCACCAUCGCGUCGUUAUUAUGAACGUGAUCGUUCACAAUCACCAAAACGUUCAUAUUCACCAAGAAGUUUAUCACCAAUACGUCGUGAAAUUCGUCGCAUUCGUCAUUCACCACGACGUGUUUCGCCCUAUUCACGUGAUUCACCACGUUGUAUAUCACCGUCUAGAAUUUCACCACCUCGUCGUGAAAUUACACCCGUUCAUCAUCAUCAUCAUCAUCUUUCACCACCUCGUCAUUCACCGCCAAGACGAAUGAAAUCACCGCCUCGUGUUUCGCCACCACGUUACGAUUGGGAUAUUCCAAGUCGUGGGGCAAUUGAAGGCAAUACUUGGAUACGUCCCGAGGAACGUUACGAGGAGGAACGUAAACGUUGGAAUUCACCGCAACAACAAUCAUCCUCUUCAUUAUCACACGAAAAAGAAAUUGAUCAUUAUAAAAUGAGUCCCGACACAUGGAAAAAGCCAACUUCAUCAUCCGAUACAUGGACAAAGGGGCCAAAUUUUUCACCAACUGAAAAACGUUCAUGGAGUCCUGUCAAUAUUGAUAAUUGGAAUCAAAGACCAAAAGAAUUGAAACCAUCAUGGAUGGAGAGUUCACGUUGGAAAAAUAAAAAUGACAAUGUCAAAGAUGAAUGGCAUGAUUUACCAGAGGAUGCACGUGAUCCAUGGGGUGAUGAAGGACCUGACGAUGGUUGUAAGGAGAUAUUAUCGAAAUUUAAUCCACCAAAUUGGGAAAUGGAGAGACGACAAAAUUGGAUGCAAUCACAAAUGAUGAAUGUACCACAACCAGUGCCACAUCCAAUGGAACAAAUUUCAAAUAAAUCACAAUGGCAACAAUCGUCAAAUGAUUCACGAAUGCAAUGGACGCCAUUGAGUGAUAUUAUGAAGAGAAUGCAGGGUAUGCAAAAUAUACAAGGAAUGCAAAAUAUGCAGGGAAUGCAAAAUAUGCAGGGAAUGCAAAAUAUGCAAGGAAUGCAAAAUAUGCAGGGAAUGCAAAAUAUGCAAGGAAUGCAAAAUAUGCAGGGAAUGCAGAAUAUUCAAGGAAUGCAAAAUAUGCAGGGAAUGCAAAAUAUUCAAGGAAUGCAAAGUGGUUCAUGGCCAAGGCCCGAUCAACCAGCUAUGAAUCCUUAUCAUCAUGGAACAAAUAUGGGUUAUCCGCCAAGACCUGGAUAUCCCAAUAUGUAUCCAGACAGGCCCUGAAUGAUUUGAAAUUUUGCUGUUUUUUUUUUUGUGAAAUUCUACAUUAGCAAAUAUUGAGAAGAACAAAAAGCUACAAUGAAAAAAAAGAAAAAGAAAAAUAGGUAUGUAAUGCAAAAUAUUUGUGAAUGAAGUUUAACGUUAUAAAUUUUUAAAUUUACAUUAUUAAUUGUGUAUACAGAAGAAUUAUUUAAAUAUAUAUAUAUAAAAAAGAAAAAAAAUUAAAAAUACCCACUUUCUACGAAAGAAUAACAUUUUGUAAUUACAUUAACGAUUAUAAUGUAAUUAAUAUUGUACUAUUUUUUUUUUUUUUAAUUACAGAAAAAAAAUUAAAUAUUGCCAUAUUUAUAGAUAAUUUUUUUUUUCAGUUAAAAUAAUUUGUGAUUCAAUUUAAAUAUACUAUAUAUAAAAUAAUUGAUAAAUUGUUGUAUUUUGUUCGAUAGUUUAAUAUUCAUAGAUUAAAAUCAAAAUAAUGUAGAAGUUUAAGUUCAUCAUUUUCUUAUUCAUUGAUAUUAUAAUAAUUAUGUAAAUUAAUAUGUAAUUUUCGUUAUCUGUUUUAUCUAUAAAUAUAAAUGAAAAUUUUCUGUUAUUUCAAA